GGGUGGGAGGGGGUGAACACUCUGUCCUUAUAGUUACAGCAGAAGCAGCAGCUGAAAGAGCUUCACUGGGGAAAACCCGGGAACUGGUCAGCAGGUUGAACAGAAGGGUUGGACUCUGUUUUCCCCCCCACCAGCCGUGCAGGGGAGGACCUGCUGCCCCCACCCCUCGGACUGACUCUCAGCACAGGUCUGCAGUUCUGCCAGACCUGGAGGUGACAAAUAGCAUCUCACCUCGGAAACAGAGGGUCUUUUGGGAACCUGCACCCAGAGCCUCUGGACACCAGCAUGGCCGGCCUUGAGGACAACACUCUGCGCAUCGUUCUGGUGGGAAAAACCGGAAGUGGGAAAAGUGCGACAGGAAACACCAUCCUUGGGAAAAGAGCAUUUGAUUCUAGAAUACUUCCUUGGUCUGUUACCAAGCACUGUCAGAAAGAAGAGAGGGCCUGGAAGGGGAAGAGGCUUCUCGUUGUGGACACCCCAGGGCUCUUUGACACCAGGGAGAAAUUGAAGACCACCUGUGACGAAAUCACUAAGUGUCUCCACUACACUAGCCCGGGGCCUCAUGCCAUCAUCCUGGUCCUACGCCUGGGCUGCUUCACGGAGAUGGAUCACAACACAAUUGAAUUGAUCAAGGUCACAUUUGGGGAGCAUGUCACAAAGCACAUGAUUAUCUUGUUCACUUUCAAAGAUCACCUGGAAAGUCAAAUGCUAAGUAGCUUUAUAGCAAGAGCAGACAAGAGGCUAAAAGACGUCAUCAAGGAGUGUGGGUUACGCUGUUGUGCCUUCAAUAACAAAAGUGAAGACAUUGCUGAGAAGGAAGCUCAAGUGCAGGAGCUGGUGGAGCUGAUCGAGGUAAUGGUGAAGGAGAAUGGAGGGGCUCACUGUUUGGAUUCCAUCUACAAGGAGAAAGUUCUGGAAAAGGAAACCUGUGUCAUCCUUUAGACAGGGGGAAAAAUGGUAGAAGAGCUUAUGCUUAGCAAAAAAUGUGAAAACAACAAACGAAGAAAAAAGUAAAAUCUGUGAAGAAAAAAUAUGAUAAAUUGAAAAUACAAAGAAGCCAAAAGAAACAUAUUUGCAGUUUUUUCAAUGACAUAUGGAGUAUGCUUUCAAAUAUAUUGCAUAGGCUGUGGAAAUAAUGCAAAUUUAAUUUUUCUUCUUAAUUGACUAUUAUUUGUUCAUACGGCGGAUAGUAAGUUUCAAAGAUGGCUCUAGCGAUUUCUUCUAUCCCACCUGUUUUUCUUGUACUCUGAGCUGUUGCUCCUUCUGUUGGGUAAUAGAGACUCUGUCCCCGUCCUUGAAAUUCCAUGGCCUCUGACUGCUUUGAUGAGUAGUGGGUGGUGUGACUUCUGCAGUUAGUCAGGGACAGUGCUGCCUUGCUCUCUGGGGUACACGCCCUCGGUCCAUGGCCCCCGUGCUGUGAGGAAUCCCAUGUUGCCCAUCAAGAGGCCCCAGGAAGAGGACUGGAAUCCUGGCCCCGUCGCCUGCCUGCUCUCCCAUCUGUCAGCAGAACCACCUGCCAGCUGUGCAAGUGUGGCCACAGGGCAGUGGGCUCUCCAGCUGCCAGCAGAGCCGCCUCAGGGGAAGCUGCAGACAGCAAAGCUGGGCCAUCCCCACCGCGUCCCGCCCAGUUCGUAGAUUCUUGAGAAAAAUAAACGAUGUUGUUUCAAACCACUAA